AUGCCAGCAUUUUUAAGAAUUUCAAGUAUCCCAACUGCUGCCAGGCACUGGAUGCCAGUUGCAAAACCACAAUUGACGCAACUUACAUUAAAACAGUUUUACUCAUCUAGAGUAAGAUUUGUAAACUAUAACAACAUAAAUGAAAUAUCUUUGGUUUCAAAUGAUGAUAUAAUAAAUGCUACCUCAACCAGCGCCAACAACAAAGAAGAUGGUGAGGUUUUCGAACCCACAGUAUAUUCUUCAGAAGACAUACACACAGCUGGUCCUGUAAACAGAGCUUAA